AUCUCUCUCCAUAUAGACAGCCUUCAACACCAUUUCUCUCUCUUACAUUGCUAUAUUGUGUCGAUUCUCAUCAGUGUGUGCAGUAAUUUGAAAGAGGAUUUACUGGUUUGGCCGCUUCCUGAACCUGAGCUGAAAUGAAAAAGGCUUUUGAUCAAACUGUUCGCGACAUUAAGAGAGAGGUUAACAAGAAAGUUCUUAAAGUCCCUUCGAUGGAGCAGAAGGUUCUUGAUGCAACAAGCAAUGAGCCUUGGGGUCCUCAUGGAUCACUUCUUGCUGAUAUUGCACAGGCCUCUAGAAACUAUCACGAGUAUCAGGUGAUCAUGGCAGUAAUCUGGAAGCGCAUAAAUGAUACUGGUAAAAAUUGGCGGCAUGUCUAUAAGGCUUUGACAGUUUUGGACUACAUGGUAGCCCAUGGAUCAGAGCGUGUCAUCGAUGAGAUUAGAGAACAUGCAUAUCAGAUAUCGACACUAUCCGAUUUUCAAUACAUCGAUUCAAGUGGGAGGGAUCAGGGAAACAAUGUCAGGAAGAAAUCUCAGAAUAUUGUGGUGCUUGUAAAUGACAAAGAAAGGAUACAAGAAGUUCGUCAAAAAGCUGCUGCUAACAGGGACAAGUACCGCAAUACAUCAAUGGGUAGCCAGCCUGGUUCUUAUUCAAGCUCAGUAGGCUAUGGUGACAGAUAUGAUUAUGAAGGCCGGUAUGGAAGCAAAAAUGAUGACUACAAUGGCUAUGAGAGAGAAAGAGAAUUAAGCUACAGAAAUGAUGACGAUUAUCAGUAUGGUUCGAGUAGAAGUGCUGAUCGAGAUAGGGACCAUGCAUAUGAAGAUGAUGGCCAAUAUUCUUCCAGGGGCAGGAGUGUUGACCAUAAAUAUUCUGAACAAAACCUUGGUGAUCCUCCACGUUAUGAGGAGGAGACCGCUGGUAAUGUAAGCAGUCCCUUACACGGUGAAAGGGAUAGAGAAACAUCACUAGCAUCUGCUCCUAAAGCAUCCUCUCCUCCUGCAAGUGCUAAUCCAAGCCAUGUGACAAGUGCAGCUGCUCGACCCCCAGUGCUUGCUCCACCACCUGCUCCAGCUCCAGCUAAUGAAAAUGGUUUUGAUGAAUUUGAUCCGCGUGGUUCAUUUUCAGCUGUUCCUUCUAAAUCAAAUGAUUCUCCAUCUGCUUCUGGUGGCGUGGAAAUGAAUAUACAUGGUUCUUUGUCUGAGUCAUUUUCUUCGAACGCAUUAGCUCUCAAGCCUGCCGCAUCGUCAACCAGAAACUCUGAGGCUAAUACCUCAGGAAACUCCAGUGGUGCACCAGCACCUGCUGGUACAUUGUUAGCAUCAACUAUUUCUAAUCAGCCAUUUGAUGAUCCAUUUGGAGAUGGCCCUUUUAAAGCAUUUCCUUCUCAAGAUAGUUUACCAGCCCAACAACAGCUAAUAACCUCUGCAAAUUCCUUCAAUUCAAGCUCUAAUCAAAGUUCUGAUCUGCCACAGCCAGUUUCUCGAAAAGAAACAACUGAGUUUGGAGGUACUUUUCCUGGUACAACAUACAUGCCAUCAGAUCCUUCCGGUAUGCAACUUCCUGCAAUUCCACAAUCUUCACAACAAGAGGUGUCCACCAUUGAUAUAUUAGCAGAUAUUUUCCCACAAUCCGAAUCUUCUCCUUUUCUCAAUUCACAAACUAGUAAUCCAGUUCUACCCAGCCAACCUGUCCAGCAUAUAGGGUUUUCACCUCAAUCCUAUCAACCCGCUUUGCAGUCAGGUAUGCUGUACCAAACUGGCAAGACUGCACCCCAAGCUCAAACUAGCCAGCCUGCAGGUAUUCCUGCUCAACAAAGCCAGCCUUCAUCUCAAAUGGGUUUUCCAACUCAUAGCAGUCAACCUGUGUCGCUUGGAGAGUUACCAUCUCAAACAGGUUCUCCACAGGCUGGUUUUCAGGCUCCUAGAGGCCAGCCUGUACCUCUAAAUUCUAAUAUCUAUGGGGGCUAUCACCCACAGUCUAUAUCUACUGGUCCAGCUGCUGUGCAAAUGGUUCCCCAAAUUUCCAGUGGACCUGUUGCACAAAAUAGCUUCAUUUCACAGUCUGGUUCUGCAACUCUGCCAUCUUUAAUGGCUUCUUCUGCAAUAGUUCCUCAACCAUCUAAAGACAAGUUUGAGACAAAAUCCACUGUUUGGGCUGACACAUUGAGCCGUGGACUGGUCAAUUUGAAUAUAUCUGGAUCGAAAACUAAUUCGUUGGCUGACAUUGGAGUCGAUUUUGAUGCCCUAAAUCGCAAGGAGAAGAGGAUGGAAAAACCUGCAACUGCUAUGGCAGUAUCCAAUGUAACCAUGGGUCAAGCUAUGGGAUCUGGUUCUGGAAUUGGCCGUGCUGGUGCUCUCGGGCCUCCAUCAAACCCAAUGAUGGGUUCAGGUAUGGGCAUGGGAGGUUAUGGAGGAGGAAACCAACCUAUGAGUAUUAGGAUGGGGAUGAAUACGCCAGGAAAUAUGGGAAUAGGAAUGAACAUAAGCAUGGGUCGAGGAGUUCAGAUGCAACAGCAGACGGGUUUUCCUCCAGGAUCUACUAUGUCUGGAGGUUAUAAUCCCAUAAUGGGACCCAGUAAUUAUGGUCAACAACCAUAUGGUGGUGGCUAUCGGUGAGUUGAGGAAAUUUAUAUCACUGCAAGUUGAUUGAGAAAGCUGUAAUUGCAAGUUGUGUUAUAGAAAAAUGAGUUGCCCCUGAAAUCGAUAUUAGAUUCAGACCCAAUUUGAUGUUCAGGGGGAUAGACACAUAGCAUGCAUGUGUAUUCAUACAAACAAUUUUUAAAACCUUUUUUUUUUUUUUUUUUUCUGGUGAAAGUGAGUUGUAUAGGUGCCCCCGUUGUUCUUUUAGCCCUACACAGUUGAGGAUGACCUUUCUCAGGUUGCCUCUGAGACAUCCAUGUCUAAAUAUAUAUUUGUGAUUGGCCGGGCCAUUCUUGAAAUA